AUGACGACGUUUUAUUCCCAGCAUAUAUCACUGGGUUCUGAAGUUCUCAGAGUUCGAAAAGUUCAAAUUGGACUGAGGGUAUUAUUUACUCUCGGUGCCCUAUCCAGACUCAAUCGGUGGCUGUUACGACGAGCUCUGAACAACGGCGUAACGGAUAAGACCUGGGACUGGAAGGAGAAAGAGAUUGUAGUAGUGACGGGAGGAUCUGGUGGUAUCGGUGCCUGUAUGGUGUCCCAGCUCCAAGCCAAGGGAGUGUACAAGAUUAUCAUCCUUGAUAUAAUGCCUCCAAAGUCAAUCUCAGCCAGCAGCACAUCUGCAGCAGAAAUAACCAACGUCGUAAAGCAGAUCCGCACCGACCAUGGUGAUCCUACGGUACUAAUAAACAAUGCUGGAAUUGGUGACCCAGUGGAAAUAACAAGUAUGGAUAACAAGUAUGGAUGGGGCUACACUUUGAAAGAUCUUCGCUGUCAACAUCAUUGCCCAUUUUCUUCUGGUUCGCGAGCUUUUGCCGCCGAUGCCGCUCUUGCCUUUCACGAGGGCUUGACGCAGGAGCUGAGACUUAUGUACAAAGCACCACUUGUGCGCACCAGCAUUGUACAUCCAUCUCGGGUCCGCACUCCGUUGAUUGCAGAUUUGAUCGAGAGUGGAAAGCUCGAAGGUAAAACAGUGUCUCCGGAGGCAGUUGCUGAUGCUGCUGUUCAACAGUUAUUCGGUGGCUAUGGUGCACAGAUUAUCAUCCCGGCUAACCUGACUAUGGUAUCAAUAUUAAGGGGCCUGCCGAUAUGGGUACAGGAGAGAUUCAGGGAUGGCGUAUCUCGUACUGUUGUGAGCGCAAGCAAAACAGCCGAGAGAAAUAGGUCGUAA